AUUCCCAGCACAAUGCUAGUAUAUCUUCAUGAUUAUCUCUGACAUUAAUUAUAAGAGUAAUAAUGAUACCUUCCCUGUAGUCUAAAGAUAUAAAAUGUUAAUUCAGUUAGUACGCGACCCGGUGAUAAACAGCGAGAAAGUCAGCUGACAUGGGGGUGUAGUAAAGUCUAAGGUGUAAGUUGCGUUGUGUUAUCGCUCCUGCGCCCGAUGAGUCACAUGACAGUAUGUGUGUUCAUGAAGAGGGCUCAGAUCACAGUUCAGUAAGUCCAGGAAGAAUUAGCGUCGUAAAUCCCCUGAAGGCAUCAUGGCAGCCACGUCGUCCUUUGCCUCAGCCUCAGCAGGAGCUUCCUUGCGAGUGUUGGCUUUACACUUGUGUUUCUUACUAAUUGGAACAGCUGCCGAAACACCUGCCAUUGAAUUCAUCCAGGUGGAUGUCUAUGAUGGGAAUGUCACAUCUGUCUGCAAAUUCACCUCGCAAGACGUUCUCCUCGUGGACCAUGAGAGCACCAAUAUAACUCUCGUUGUGACAGGGGAAGCAGAGGAAAACACGACGUUAAUGUUCGUGCAGGAGAAAGAUGUGAUAAAGCCUUUGCCAAACAUUACCCUCCCGGUUGGAGCCUUGAACGAGACAUUUAUUCUCAACCUAAUGGCAGAAAAUGCAGGCCACAGUGUCAUAGUCACAAAAGCUCUGCCUGGCAACAUGACUGAUGUGUCUAAGGCCUUCAUGCGAAUAUCAGUGUCCCACUCAGAUGCCCUCGAAUAUGCAAGUGAUGUGGUCGGCUGGGUGUACUUUGUGGCAUGGUCAGUGUCCUUUUAUCCACAAACCUAUUCCAAUUGGAAGAGAAAAAGUGUUAUUGGCUUGCAUUUUGACUUUCUGUCCUUAAAUAUUGUGGGGUUCUUUGUGUACAGUCUCUUCAAUGUUUGUCUGUACUGGAUACCCUCCAUAGAAGCAGACUAUUUCAAGAGACAUCCUUAUGGUGUGAAUCCCGUGCAACUGAAUGAUGUCAUCUUCUCACUCCACGCUUUCCUCGCAUGCGGGAUUCAAGUCUUCCAGUGUUUUAUAUAUGACCGUGGAGACCAGCAAAUUUCCUUGACAGCCAGAUACAUCCUGACAGGAAUCACACUCUCUUCAGUAGUCAUGACUAUUCUGGGAGCUGCAUCAGCUAUCCAGUGGCUCGACUUUCUCUAUUUCAUGUCAUAUGUCAAGCUCUUCAUCACCCUUAUCAAAUACAUUCCACAGGCCUACUACAACUACCGGAGGAAAAGUACUUCAGGUUGGAGCAUCGGCAAUAUCUUGCUAGACUUCACCGGUGGAUCACUCUCCAUAGCCCAGAUGUUCAUCCUGUCUUACAAUUAUAAUGACUGGGGAUCUAUAUUUGGGGAUCCAACCAAGUUUGGACUUGGGAUUUUUUCAAUCAUCUUUGAUAUAUUCUUCAUGGUUCAGCAUUACAUUCUGUAUAGAGGGAAUGAGGACUACCUGCGGGUGCUAGAGCCUGAGUCCCAGGGUCAGAGGAAUUCACUCACAGCUUCCAUAUCUUCAGCUGAUUAUGGUUCUACUGGAAAUCAAUAGUAAGCUUUAAGGGAAAAGGGUGCUGUAAGUUGUUCAAGAAAUAGACUGUAUUUUUCUUACUUGAAAACAAGAUAGAAAGAAACAAAAUUUGUUGUGGUUAUGCUAUUUAUUGGAAUAAUUUUAGUUUCAAAGAAAACUAUUUUGUGUUAGAUUUCAUAACUUUGCUACACAUUAUUACAACAUUUGAAAUGGG